AGCGAGCACUGAGCUGAGCAGCUCGACAGUCGCCAGCAGACUCUGCGCGUGUGCGUGCGAGAAGUAUACAUACGUUCUUUUCCCUUUGAUUUUUACGCUGCUGCUGUUGCUGCUGCGCCGAGACCCUCGUCUGGGAAUCUCUAGGAUGCCGCAGCUGCUUUGAGCGGGUCGCAAGCUCAAGCCCCUGGAACAAUGGUGUCGAUCAUAAAAAAUCAGUUGCUCAAACAUCUGUCGAGAUUCACAAAAAAUUUGUCAGCAGAUAAAAUUAAUUUAAGCACAUUUAAAGGAGAGGGCGAGUUAACAAACUUAGAGCUUGACGAAAUUGUGUUAACUGAUUUAUUGGAGUUGCCAUCAUGGCUGCGAUUGACAAGUGCAUGGUGCAACAAAGUUACGUUUCGUAUUCAAUGGACCAAGUUGAAAACUGUUCCUAUAUUUUUGAGUUUGGAUGAAGUUCAUAUCGAAGUAGAAACAUGUGAGGAUCUAAGAGAUAUGUCUUCUCCACAAGGUUUGUCUUCAUAUACGGGCCCUACAAAAUACUCGUACAUUCAUAAAAUAAUUGAUGGAAUCACUGUUGCUGUCAAUACUGUCUCUGUUACGUUCAAAAGCCCUGCAUUCAUAGCUAAAGUUCAGAUGUCACGCAUAAUGGUAGAAUCAAAGUCUCCAACAUGGCAACGAUGUGAUUUGAGAACUACAAGGGUUAAAGAUCCUGAUAGAGGCCAGUUAUUAAUCUUCAAAGAACUGGAAUGGCAAACUGUAAGAAUAGAAGCACAAAGUACUAAAGAUAAAGACCUUACACCCUUACGCCUUCUCACAAAUCAAGCACGAUGUAGAGUAACUAUCAAGAAGAGACUUUCAGACUGUUUUGUUAUGGGAUCUCGACUGGUGAUUAUUCUUGAUGAUCUUUUAUGGGUUUUGACUGAUUCUCAGUUAAAGGCAGCUUUACAUUUUAUCGACUCUUUGGGUGGACUUAUUGAGAGAUCGACCAUUUUAGAAAGAAAAACUAAAGCAGCUAGAAAAUUAGAGGUCCUACCAGAAUAUCAAGCCCAAGUCUCGCAACAGACGAGAGGAAAAAGUACAACCAAUACAGCUAUUGCGAAAAUAUUUAGUAGAUAUGAUGUUUUUGAAACAUCCUAUCAUUUUCUUUCUCAAAGAAUAGACUUACACCUCUGUGAUGAUGUUGGAUCCGGUAGGUCGCUGCAUCCGGAAUUGAAGGAGGGAGGUGCUCUUCAGAUCUCGUUAGUUAAAUUCCAGGUCGACUAUUAUCCUUAUCACCUGGCCUUAGCCGAUAGAAAACACUGGGCUUUGUACAAAGAGAGCGCUACUCCACACAGCCAAUGGCUUCAGCAAUCUCUCAACUCUUUUCGCGGUCAAUUCAUGGAUCUUAUUGACUCUGGUCGAACUCAGCAUUCUCCGUUAACCAAAACUCACGGCUACGGAUUGGGCAUCGAUAAAGAUUUGGAAAAUCGUGAGAAAUCGUUAAACAAUCAGAAUCAAAAUUCCGCUUCUCAGGAUCAAAAAAAAGCAGCGCAACAUCCUAGCGGAAACCCGGUGAAGAACUACGUAUUGGAGCAACUGGCCAAGCUGAUGACGACGUGUAUCGUGAUUAGAAUAGAUGACUUUACCUUAUACAAAGUGACAACGUCAUCGAGAAAAGCUAUGCCGAAAGAAUUCAUAACAGGGGAUCGAGAUAAAUUUCACUUACCAGAAGAUGUGAAUAUACUUCAUGCCGAGUUUACUUAUUACUACUAUCCUGGAGACUUAAAUUUUCCGCUACCUCCUCCGAAGUUCUACGUUCAACUUAAUCCGAUUCAAAUAAACUUUGACAUCUGCUCCUGUCUUUGGUUCAACUCUUUUCUUCUGAAUUUAUAUUACUCAUUGUUAAAUAGCAGUAGCAAUAUGGCGAGUGCAUCUUCUAACUUUAUGUAUUUCGACGUGAAAAUUGAAGCAAUAUUACCAAGAUUGAUAUUUGAAAGUCAACAAGACUAUCCAAAUCAGAAGGAUAGGCCAAAGUCAUUACACAUGCAAACGUCCAGAGCUACAAUAACGAAUGUCAGGUCGACCGAGAGAUCCUCGCGAGCUGACCUAGCCCAGUGUCUUAAUGCUUUUCAAAUGGGCCAGAUGUUCUUUGGCUCCGAAUUUCCGAAUAAAACAGGGGACUACCACGUAGUCACCAACAAGUUUUUGGAGCACUGUGCCGGCACUGACUGCACCAGGACGGUGCCAGCAAGCUUUUCGAGCAACUCCAUAAAUGAGAUGGUGCGCCAGUUAAGCCGCGAAUUACUUUGGACCGAGGCCAAGGACGUCUGGUGCUGUAAUCUCGAACCUGUAUGGGGCGACUUCCUGGGGGCCCGAGCUGUCGGACAAAACCGACCCGUGCCUUUCCUCGAUGCCUUUCCCCUCACCCUCUGGGUGCACAUGAACGAUCCAGGCACUAGCCCCACUGGUGCUGCAGACAUACAUGGUCUCGCGUAUAUCAGUAAUUUAAUCAGCGUACAGAUCAAUCAUUACCAAUACUUGUUCUUGCUCAGACUAUCGGAGAUGGUUUCUGAGCUGGCUACGUACUUGUCUAUCGAUUCUAAUAAGAUUUUGAAGGUCGAAAGUGGAGGUUCUCUAGUGAUCGGUGCUCUAGUUCCGCAAGUAGAGGUAACCUUUAUAAUGCCCUCCCAAACGCCGGGUAAGGAAAAUUCGGGUGGCGAUCUUGAGUCCGUAGUUCCGGACACCUCCAGUAUAAUCGACGACAUUGGCGGUUCCUCAACACUCUGGCAACACGCUGUAACUGCCCGAGUAGACUACGGCGCAAAACGCAUGAAUACGAGCAAUGAUAUCGAUACGCCCCAGAGUGAGAUCUCAUCGAUGUUGUCGAUGGACUUCGCCGGCGGUCAUACCGCCAACCAAACCGUCUCACAAACGGUCGUCACGUUUAAACAGCAAAAUGGCGAAGAACAGAGCCGAAUGGCAUCCGUAACAGCACAAAUGUCGACAGCGCCCGACAGAGCCUGGAUAAAAGCCAUGCCUGAAGAAAGCAAAAAUAAGCUUACCAAAGCUGACUCUGUCUCGGGGAUUAUUCCUAAUAAUUUCAAUGUUAAUCUGUCUUCCAUGAAAAAGGGUUUCAGUAAUUUUAUGACUUCGUUGGAUUCAGCGCUGAAACCAUCUCCUGAGGAUGGCAGUGACACAAUUUCAAUGCAGAGUGAUGUCAGUUCUGACAGUGAGAACUACGUUGUAGUUUCGCUGGAAGACCAGGAGAAAAUUGAUGCUGUGUUCAAUGUUGAUAACUCUAUUAGAAUUACGACUGUCGAAGAGGCUAGCGAAGUUGUUGAGGAAACACCCGACACCCAGAGUGAAAAAUCACUGGAUAGUGUCUGUAAACGGAAAGAUUUGGUUUCAAUGACUACAUUCAAAUUGUCAAAAGUAGAAGUCAUUCAGCAAUCGUCUGGUUUCUCUUCAGCCAUCAAAGUUCAAGUUUGUAACGUCGCCAAUGAUGAAUGUUCAUCCAUACCUUGGGACGAGUUCCAGGCCAAAAGAAAGACGAAAUUCAGUUCCCGAUCCCGGGGCUGGGUGGAGUUACCCUCGGAUUCGGAUUGCCGUUCGCGCAUCAAGCUACGGCUGGACCAUUGCCUGAAGAAUAAGGACGAUUCGAAGCGACUAUCCGAGGCCAGUCAACUGAUGAGCAGCAUAAGUAGCAGGACAUCUCAGGAUCGAGGCCAUAUUUAUGAUUCAGUUGGCGGUGUCAUCAAUUUUAAUGAUAAAGAGAGUAUUCUAGGAUUGUUCGAAGACAAGAUUGAAGUGAAGGUUGCGGAUGUGCCAUUGGCAAUGGCCAUGAGUUCUGUCACGGGUUUAACUGACUUGAUAGAGGAUGAGAUUAUUCCUAAGCCGAUACCCAUGAAAAUAUUGUUGGAAAACAUAACCGUGCGUCUAAAUGAGGAUCGACCACCUAACAACAUAACUUCUCCCGGACCGAUUCCAAUAGACCUCAGCAUUUCGAAGCUCAGGAUAACGAGAGAUAUCUCCGGAGUUUUCCACAUCGAACCUGCCGUGAAUUCUAUACGAGAAAAAGACGGGCGAGCCUCAAACGCCAGUGAGGGUAACGACACGCAUCAGCUCGCCAAGUUCGUAGAGCAAGAGAUGGAAAUUAAUUCCUUGCGCGAGACCGGCCAACAGCUCAAAUCCGACAAUGAAGAGUUGCGACGCAGAUUAGCGACGAUGGAGCGCAUGUCCGAGGAAAACUCCAAAUUACGUCGCACGAAGGAGGAGCUUCGGACUUGUUUGAACGCGGCCCGUGAAGAUAUAGCUGUUCUACUAAAAGAAAAACGAAUAUUGCAAGAGUCAGUGAUGGACCUGCAAAAUCAGUUACCAGGUGUCGGCGGUGGCAGUGUCUUCGGUACGAGUAGUAGAAGCUCCGGUUGGUCCAAUAAAAGAUAGCACACCAGCUGUUUCGAUUGCUCCAAAUGCUGCAGCUCAAAUAAAUCGUAACGGAGGAUCGAUUGUACAUUUUUGGAAAACCAUAGAGAACCUUGGGCCUUUGACUAUAUUGAAGACGAGAAAUCGCGCGUAGGAAGAGGAGGUAUAGUAUAGGGCAGUUAGUGUCCAGAAGAUCUAUCAAAGUUUGCGAUAAUAGUCUUUUAUUACUUCCUAUUAGAGAUACAAAUUAGGACUUGGCGUUCUACUUUACUCUUUACACCAUAAUAUGCUAGUGACUGCCGCCUGACGUAAUAUAAUAUAUUACUUAUAUCAGAAUUGUACAAUUUGAAGGCUAGACAUACAAGGUAAUGAGAAAGAGAUGUGAAGAUUUUCCGAAAUGGUAGCUCUGUUUAAGUCAAGCGAUUUGAAGCUAUUACAGUUCAAGUCCAUUGAUUUUUACAUUAUUUCGUACUUAUCGAUGGACUACGUUGCAAUAAACAUGUUUAGUUUUCAGUUUCGCGGUGCAUUGUUGACGUUAUAAUAUAAUACUUAUUACGAGUUCACGCAGUUCGCAAACUAUUUCAACGCGUACCGCAAAUCAAGCGUAUCUAUAAAUAUGUUUUUCAAAUAUGUACAUAUGUAUAUCGGAGUACUGGCAGAGUUCUUUGAUUAUGAGUUUUAACUGAGUUUUAGAGAAUUAAUUUUAAUUUUCUUGUAAUUUACGACUGUUCUUUUAUAAGUAACAAUUAUUAAAUCAAUUCCGACCGUUAAGAAUACGUGUUUUGUACUAUCUUUACUAAAAAUCUUUACUGAAACAGAAUCAAGAAAAAUAAAAGAUGAAUUUCGACGAUAAUAUUGUAGAUCAUGGUUCGUCGAACGAAUCAGCUGGUGCUUAUUGGUUUCGAUUUAAAACCGAACAAUGGACAUUGAAUAAUAAAUAAAAAACGAUGGAAGUAAAUAGGUUGUAGCGACUUUCAAGUUUUAAUUAGCGUUGAUCAGAAACUAAAUAGAAAUAGCUUUGCAAAUAAGAUGUUGAUUAAAGAAGACUGUAUCAUAUGAUUCCACUUUUUUCGAAAGUAUAUUUAGCGCAGUCUUCUUAUUUUCUCUUGUCGACAAAUUCGGUUGCCGGUCAAUCUACUAUUAAAUAGUGCAAUAAAAUAUUUUUCUAGCUUCUAAGAACUAUAUUUGCUGAGAAACGAGUUAAAAAAUUUCAAUUAUUCAAGCAAAUUUUGCAGAAAAACUUGAGAUGAAACAAAUAAUUGAUUUUUGUCAGGUUAUAUUAUGAUUAUAACUCAUAUCAACACAACAAUGGCGUUUGACGUACUAAAGAUAUGCGCAUUGUCUUAAACUAAGAAUACAAAAAAAAUUAUCUCAGUAAGCAUAUCUGGAAUCGCUAGACAGAUUUGUUCGAACAUAAAUAACGUAUUCUGGCCAAGUGAUUUUCUAAUUUGACACGUGUACUGAUCUUAAGAAAUUGAUUAUUUAUUUGUUUUUCUAAGAUUAUCGUAGGCAAUGAAUAUCUUGAGCAUUUGGUAAAUAUGCAACAUUAAGAAAAGGGCUGUAUAGUAGUUUUAUUAGCACUACAAAUAUUUUUUGAAAAAAUGACGGUAAAAUAUAUUUUGUUUGUUUUUUUUUUCAAGUAUAAAUGUGUUAAGAAAUUUCGGUUUUCUAAAUGUAAGUCCAUGUAGAUAAUAAAGUAAAAGAAAUCAUGAUAUUUUUCACAACCCAUAUGUGGUUAACAAAGAGAAAGAAAAAGAAGUGUCUGAUGAACCGUGGCUUUUAUUGUAACAAAUAAAUAGUUUGUAAUUUCUCAAGGAGGAGAUACAUUUCGUAAACUAAUAACAUUCAAAUCGAUGAACGAAGCACAUUGUUAAUUCCCUAUAUGCACUACGUUAUAUGUGAUAAAUGUCGAAUUUUUUGUGAAAUAUCGAUUCCUUCCAAAAAUAGUAUUCGCUUGUCGAUAGCAAUGGCAGCCAUAAUUUACGAAAUGAAUCUGCUUUAUAAAUGACUACAAACAAAUGUAGUUAUUGAAUUUCAAUCUAAAUCGAAAUUAUUGUAUUAAAUAUUAGUGUUAAGAACAUUUUUUGUCGGUAUUUGAAAUGCUUGUAUUUAAGAUAGGAACGUAGUAUAAUAAUUUUUGAUAUUAUUUUGACCGUCUAUCUAUCGGUCCAUACCGCGACUAAACGCCAUUUUUUUUUAUUAAUUAGUGUUUGUUUUUUUUCUUUUUAUAUACAUCAUUUGUUUGCUCAACAUCGUAUAUUUCAUUUGAAAUAUUAUGUUGACAAGUUGUUAUUUUAUAAAUAUAAUGCUACCAAUCUUGUUAAGCAAUGGCAUCCUACAAAGCGUUUUUAUUAAACGAUGAGCCAUGUAAUCUGAUAAGUGUGAUAUGUUUUAUUCGUAUAUAAAGCGCAAUUUUCGCGGGCAAAACCAAAGCUUUGUGAUGUUUACGAAUGUGAGAGUGUUUGCUUGAAACACCUAAAUACAUGUUAAAAAUUCAGAUAUUUUACCUGAAA